GGCAUUUGUUUCGAACGUGCCCACAAGGAUCAGACUACCCACGCUUUCCAUAGGCUGCCCAUGGCUGGCCCAAUUUUUGCAUUUGCUUGACUUUAGAGUAGAUGACAAGUUCGUCUACGAGGAAAUCUUCUGCAGUCAAACACGCUCACUUUCUGAAAGAGCUUGACUCCCAUCGAUACAAAAGACACAAAUAUACACAUAUACAAUCAACUCGACAUGCCUCUCCCAAUUGGUGUCUACCGGGCCGACCAGGUCGGUUCACUGCUUCGACCUAAAGAGAUCCUAGCCACACGUGAAAAGGUUGCUGCUGGAAGCGUAUCUGCUUCGGAUCUUCGACAGCUCGAAGACAAGUACAUUACCGAAGUCGUUCGCAAACAACUACAGGCGGGAUUACGCUCAAUCACCGAUGGUGAAUUCCGCCGAGCAUGGUUCCAUCUUGAUUUCCUCCAGCAUUUCGAUGGCGUAGAGGUUCAGGGAGCACUCGUGUCAACCAACAUGUCAAAGGGCGGGAUAACGCCACCUCGGCUGGUCGUGACUGGAAAACUAGGCCACAGUAAGCCGAUCCAGGUCGAUGACUUCAAGUUUCUCGAGCACCAGAUUGCUCAGGCCGGCGGCGAAGGUACAUAUGGCAAGGUCACUACAAAGGUCGCCAUCCCCAGUCCGACGAUGGUGCACUUCCGUGGUGGCCGUGACACGAUCGACAUCAAAGCCUAUCCUUCACUCGACGAGUUCUUCGACGAUCUGGCGCGGGUCUAUCAAGAGGAACUGCAGGAUUUGUACGAUGCGGGAUGUCGAUUCGUUCAGCUCGACGAUACGAAUCUCGCGUACCUGUGCGAUCCUAAGAUGAGAUCUGAGGCCGAGUCACGACAUGGUAGCGAUGCGAAGCAAAUUGCCAGCCAGUAUGCCAGCCUCAUCAACAAGGCUAUUGAGAAACGACCUAGCGAUAUGACUAUUGCAAUUCACUUGUGCCGGGGCAACCACCGAAGCCAAUGGUUUGCGCAGGGCGGGUAUGAGCCUGUCGCUGAGGUUCUAUUCAAGGACUUGAAGGUUGAUGCUUACUUCCUUGAGUACGACGAUGCUCGCAGUGGUGAUUUCAGCCCUCUUCGACAUCUGCCUGAGGACAAGGUUGUGGUUCUGGGUGUUAUGACGAGCAAAAAGGGUGAUCUAGAUGAGAAGGACGCUAUAGAGCAGCGUCUCAAUGAGGCGGCGAAGUACUGCAAGAAGGGACUUGAUCAGCUUUGCUUGAGUCAUCAGUGCGGGUUCUCUAGCACGAUGGAGGGCAAUGAGUUGAGCGAGGAGCAACAGUGGGCAAAGAUUCGAUUGGAGGUGGAGAUUGCGAAAAAGGUCUGGGGAGAGGAUAUUUCGAAGUGAGGAUGGAGUCAAGAAUACCUAUAUGAGUGUCCGCAUGAGUGGGAAAAGGCAGGUCAUGUGUAUGGAGUAUGUACAAGUGGGAGUGAGGUUGGCAUACUGCCUAAAAGUGCAUUUUGGAGGAUACACUUCAACAGUGUGAAAGGGUCAUUGUACCUGCUGGAUUCAAGACUACUCAACGGUAUGAGUUAUAUCUUUAUAUCGACUGAAGUUGAUCAAGGUGGUCGUCGCGUGUCAGAGGGUGAACAAUACCGCAAGGCCGGAGACGGCCUCAAUGGCUUCAUUGGUUGUUAAGGUUUAGGCGGCUUGUUCGGUGGGAAGAUGAUCCGCAAUAAUUUGUUAUCACCGCAGGGGUGCUUAAUUACUUUCCUUAUCGGGGUCCAUGUCAGGCAAUAAGUCAUAAGUCAUCAUUGAAGGGCGUUGCUGUCGCUGCGUCCGUUUCCCCAG